CCAAGAAUAACCUAUGAUUUAAUCUGAGCUUCUAAGAAAUUUUCUGCUACUGCUGAAACUCCAGUGUGGCUGCUGACGCAUCUGUACUGAACACCUUUCUGCACACCUGACACUCGGACUGCGGCAUGCAACAACCAGGUCGGCUGAGGCUGAGGCCGUGGCUGGAGGAGCAGAUUCAAUCUGGGAGUUAUCCAGGGGUCAGCUGGCUGGACCAGUCAGCACGAAUCUUCCAAAUCCCAUGGACACAUGCCGCUCGUCAUGGCUGGAGUAUUGACCGAGAUGCUACACUCUUCCGGAGUUGGGCCAUGCACACUGGACGGUACCGUCCAGGCAAAGACAAGCCAGAUCCCAAGACGUGGAAAGCGAAUUUCCGCUGUGCCUUGAAUUCUCUGCCUGACGUAUGUGAGCUAAGAGAGCACAGCAGGAAGAGAGGCAGCAACGCUUACAGAGUCUAUAGGAUGCUGCCCAGCACACAAGCACACAGACGCAGGAGAGGGCUGAGGUUCAGCAGGCCUAGAGAACGACAAGCGAGUUUAGGUGAUGAUACAUACACCACGCACACCUGGCAACCCACAGCAACGAAACCCAUUUCAGACACACCACAGAGGGUGGAGACCCCUGCGGAGGACACAUUUAGCAGCACUCAAACAUAUGGGAUGUGGGAGGCCAAACCAGAGGACCAGGAACAGAAUGAGGCUGUGUUUAAGCUGAUGGACCACAUAAGCAAUGCUGACCUCUGGAACCAAACUGCAGAACAGAGAAGAUGGAGAACUCACACACUGUGGGACCACUGGCACUGUGCUGGUGAUGAUAACCCAUACUCUUUGUACCAAGAGAACUACACUGACCUGUUUGGUCCAAACUACAUCAAGGAACUCUCUGAUUGGUCCACACAUCAGCAAACACUGAUGCCAUAGCUGUGCACCAACGAGUGGUCCCCCUGCUGUUUGUGUUUACCCAGUAUUUGAUUAUAAGCUACUUUUUCUUCAGGCUUCCUUGCUAACCUUCAACUGUUUCCCUACUGCUAUUUAUCUGCUGAGCUGACCACUGAAAGAGAGAAACAAGAGAGGGUGAGCAGACAGAUAUAUUGCUUUGUCAGUCAGUUGGUCGGUCAUCCUCUCUGCUGAGCAUGCUGAGGUGAAGAUCCUGUUCCAAGCCAAGCUUUACCUCUGUCAUCAUCACUUGGGUUCACUACGGUUCAAUGCCUCACACUCACUGAACUGACACCAAGCUCACACCACAGCUUAUAGAGUAAACAGAUAUCAUUUCGCUGCAGUGUAGGAUCAGUUAUUACUCUAAUAUUUCUUUACUGGAUGUUUAGCCAGCAUACAGUAAAAUAAAAUGCUGAUGUUCGAAGCUGACUUAAGAUGCAAUAUAUAUAUAUGUUUUUGUACGUAUAUACAGAAUGUGUGUGAUUCCUAUAUAUCUACGUGCCUUUGUUUUUUUAAAUCAUUUUUUAUGAUUUCUCAGCAUCAGCUACUCAUGAUAAUUUUGUAUGUUUUCAUUGAUGCAAUUUGUGAUGUAAUUUGUUUUGUGUGAUACUGUACGACUUGUUUAUCAUUUGUUUUGUUUUUUAAAAUAAUCCUGCAUUAAUCAAAUAUAAAAGUAUAUUAUAUAUUG